GAGAAGAUAUCAAUAUGGCUCCACAUCCCAUGACUUUGGUCAUAAAAAUCUCUGCAUCACCACCCUUUUCAAGAAAUUUCUAUUUCUUUUUCCUUUUACACUGAUCAAUCAAAUCUCUCUUUUGCUUUUCUUUCAUUAAACUCUGUCUCACCACCACUCCCCAGUAUCUUCUUCUUUCCCUUUGAAUAACAUCAUGGCAGUUAAAUAAUUGGGAUUAGGAUUACUGUCUAAAACUCAGCUGCCUGUUGGGUCAUGUCUUGCAAUCGGAUGGCUUUUUUCCCAGCAAAUUUCAUGCUCCAAACUCCUCAUCAAGAAGAUCAUUCUCAACCACCAAAUUCCAUCAAUCAAAUGCUUCCUUCAUGCACACCCCAAGAAUUUCAUGGUGUUGCGUCAUUUCUGGGGAAGAGAUCAAUAUCGUUUUCCGGUAUUAAUGCAUGUGAAGAAGCAAAUGGGGAGGAUGAUUUGUCAGAUGAUGGUUCACAAGCAGGAGAAAAGAAGAGAAGGCUUAACAUGGAACAAGUGAAGACUCUUGAGAAGAACUUUGAGUUGGGCAAUAAGCUUGAACCUGAGAGAAAAAUGGAGCUGGCUAGAUCUCUUGGAUUGCAGCCAAGGCAAAUUGCCAUUUGGUUUCAGAACAGAAGAGCAAGGUGGAAAACCAAGCAACUUGAGAAAGACUAUGAUCUGCUUAAAAAACAGUAUGAAGCAAUCAAAGCAGAUAAUGAUGCACUCCAAGCUCAGAACCAAAAGCUCCAUGCACAGAUAUUGGCACUGAAAGGAGGGGAACCGACGGAAUCCAUCAACCUCAAUAAAGACACCGAAGGUUCAUGCAGUAACAGAAGUGAAAACAGCUCAGAUUUGAAUCUGGUCAUCUCAAGGACACCAGCAAUCGACAGUCAUCCCACAAGCAUAACCCUUUUCCCUACGACAUCCAUUAGGCCCAACGGUGGCGGCGUUGCGGUAGCGCAGAUGUUUCAAACAGCAUCGUCAAGGCCGGAUAAUCACCUCCAAUGCCAAAAGAUGGAUCAGAUGGUUAAAGAAGAAGGCCUCGGUAACAUGUUCUGUAGCAUCGAGGAUCAAACAGGGUUUUGGCCAUGGCUUGAGCAUCACCAUUUCAAUUGACGAGUUUAAAAAGUUUUACAUCAAGAGGUGAUUAAUUUAAGGAGGAAUAAAUUAUACGUUUUAAGUUGGAAGUGAUGAGGUAGUUGGUAUGAAGCAGAUGUAGUUAGCUUUGGAAUCGUGUUCUUUGCAUUGAAGAGAUGACAUUGUAAUGAUUUCUUCCUCUUCUUCUUCUUGGUGCUGAUAAUCAUCAAACGCUAAUGCCUAAUGGAUCAUGGUGAACAAAACCUGGUCCAAGUUAUGGACUGUUUUAACCCAAUUUUUUUCUAUUUUUGUUGUAAAAAACGGGAGAGUAUGGAAUUCCAACACACAUUCCAAGAGAAGAAGAAGACAAGCAGAUUGAAGAGCAGAAGAAAACAAGAGGAGUUGGAAACUGUCGUUCUCGUGAAGGGGACGUUGCCAGAACCCUACUGCCAUUUACUGCUCAGCCCAUUUUUGGACUCUUUGAUGGCACCAAAAUAUUAUAUAUAUAUAUAUAUGAUAUGACCCACUCUAUCGACCACUUGCUAUCAUCCAACAAAGUCCUCCUCCUUACCCCCACUUUCUUCCAACUCCUUCUCCCGAUUUCUUACGUGUAUCAUGUUCGUACAGAAUAGAACGGUAUUGAACAAAUAAUUCCGAAUCAUUUGGCUCCCACAAUGUACAACAUAUGGAGGAAAGAACAAUUUAGGGUUUGAAAUGAAAUGGACAGAUGAUUGAAAACA